AUGCUGAAGUUCGACAGUGACGGUGUGUGCGUGUGCUGUGAGCUCCAGCAGCAGAGCUCCAGCUGUAACAACCUGGGAGAGACGCUCAAACUGAACCCACUGAGGGACUGCAACACCAUCCGCCUGCGCCUCAAGGAGCUGCUGUUCAGUGUGUGCGCCCUGAACGUGAUCUCGACUAUCGUGUGCGCGUUGGCCACGGCCAUGUGCUGUAUGCAGAUGGUCUCCACUGAUGUGCUGCAGAUGUUCAUGCCACACAGAGCACGUGCCCUGAACCCGGACUGCAUGACCCCACAUGGAACCAUCCUCCACCAGACCCUGGACUUUGAUGAGUUUAUCCCUCCGAUCCCCCCUCCGCCUUACUACCCCCCAGAGUACACCUGUACCCCCUCCAUGGAUGCACAGAGUGCCAUCUACGGGGUUCCCAUCAACAGUCCCGGAACCCUGUACCCCACGGACCUGCCUCCCCCGUAUGAGUCUGUGGUGGGACAAACUCCGGCCAGCCAGGUCACUACCAGCAUGGAGCAGCCGGCCACUGGCUCCAGUCAGUGUGAUAGAAACACCACUGCAGGACUCAGCACCCAAGCCUCAGUGGACAGUGCCUCUCUGAUGGUGUCGGAGGUGGCUGACCCGGACCAGACGUGCUCCUCUGAGGAUCUGUGCUCUCUGGAGGUGCAGGGCUCAGACUUGUCUCCGUACGGGACGCUGCACACAGCCCCCACUGACGGCAGCUGCACCAGUCUGGAGCUGUGCACGCGGCACGCACGCUGUCAGCGCGGCCUGUGCACUGAGGUGCGCCCCAGUGACACCGGCUACAGCGAGUCGUCCCACACUCAAGAGGAGCGCUCUCCAGAUUGGUCCUCUGGAAACUACAGCAACCUGGACCAGGAGGAACCUGAACACACUCACCCCAGUGCCAUGCACAUUUGUGACGAACUGGCCUCAGCCAAACACCUACCAGAGGAGCCGCCCAAGUCGUCUGCUCACUCCCUCAUAAAGGCUCGUAUGAUGAGCCGCAAACUGACUCUCCCAGUCACUGUGUCCCCUCCGCCGCAGCCCUGCUCCCCCACAUCAGUGGCCUCUUCUGGGGGAAUGUCUGCCUUCAGCCCCCUGGCUCCUUCUCUGUCCCCCUCUCCUCCAGCUCGAGCUCGAGGCCCUCGCUUAUGUUUCAGUGUGUGGUCUCCUGCAUCGUCACAGCCACCCUCCACCUCCUCCACAUCAGCUCAGGGCAGCUCCCCGGACAGACCCCGUGGGCUGCGAGCCACCAGGAAGUACCGCAAACUGGCACGCAUCGUCCGCUCCACCAGCGACCCUCUGGCCUGCUCCACCACCUCACGAGGGGAGAAUUAUGGUUGUGCUGCUGCUAACAACCCAGCUGAGGAUUCAGUACGUGUUUCGCCAGAGCAAGUGUCCAGCAAAUCGAGUCACACCAGCACUAAAAAGCAGCCGAAAGAAGCCAAAAAGAUCGACCUCCAGGUGAAGUCCCGGGCCAUGCACACGCACCUCUCUCAGGAGCGGCCUCACUCUCUGGCUGACCUGAAGAUGUACAAGGACACCAAGAUCCUUGUGGCCAAGUUUCUGGAGCACUCAAGCUGCUCUCUACCUCCUGAAGUCCAGCAGGUCGUCAACAACAUCAAAUGUGUCAUCAAAUCAGACGAGAAACACAUGGAGGAGGCCAUUUACAGUGCCAACGUCAUAGACCAGAUGAUGACUCAGCGAAUCACUGGCAGUCCCAGAAAACACACGUACGAGGACCUGCACCUCCAGAGCUGCGGGGCCCUGAGCUCGUCCCCAUCCCCAUCCCUGAAUCGGCCCCAUCAGCCACACACAACCAGCGCAUCCACCAACCCUCCGGACUCCCCCAGCUCAGAACAGGCUGUUUUGAGCAGAGAGACUAUUCUUUGA